UCUCUGUGAUGGAUCCUCUCAGGCUGCCUCGCCGCACCACAUUGCUCAACCCCAUGCAGCUGGCUGGACGCGACUUUCUCGAGCCUCUUCUCGUGUUUUGCGCUCCUGUAAGGUCCGAUGUGCUCGGCGUGGACCACCCCUCACUGCACUGGUGCAGUAGUGAAGGAUAAAUAUAUCCCCCCUCAUCCUCCUCCUCCUCCUCCUCCUCCGCCUCCUCCUCCGCCUGUCGUUGAGUCCGCAACAUCCCGACUGGCCGAGGCUGGUGAUCGCAGGCAGCGGCAGCGGCAAGCCCCCACAAGACGGAUGAAUAAGAAAACCUGCUGUAACCACCGACACCCCCUUUUAAAAAAAAUAAAAUAAUAUUAAAUCUCUAUAUUGAAGAGUCUGGCUGUAAACACCGCUGCCCCCAUCUUGACAGGUGAAGCGAUACAAGGCUUCCAGUGCACAGGUUCACCAUGGGGAUCAAGGCUGCCCUCCCCAGAUAUGAGCUGUAUCUCUACACAGCUGUGCUCGGCGUGGCCUUGAUAUGGGCAGGAAGUUGGAUAUCUGAUGCUUCAAGUGAGAAUAUAAACAGAAAGGCCUUCAAGGAAAGCGUGAAACCAGGAUGGCAUUACUUUGGCAGGAAAAUGGACGUGGCGGACUUCGAGUGGAUGAUGUGGUUCUCUACAUUCCGCAAUCAUAUCCUUUUUGCUCUCAUGGGCCACGUUAUCUUUGCCAAGAUAUUCUCCAUCUUGGCUCCAAAGAUUGGUAUUGAUGGAUGUAAGCACAGAUCCUUGAUCUUUUGUGUGUACGGUGGUUUGGCAGUGCUGAUCACGAUGGGCUGGACCUUCAUGGCUCUGGUCCUGUCUCACUGCAUCAUACUCUACAGCGUCGCCCUGGUCAAGAUGAAGUGGCUGUGCUUUGUGGCCGGCCUGACCACGCUGGCCUCCAUCAAGCUGGAGCCCUAUAACUCCUGGCAGGAAACUUUGGUGACUGGUUCUUUCGACCUUCAAGACAUCCUGUUCUAUGGAGGCUGUGGCUUCAGCAUCAUGCGCUGCAUGAGCUUUGCCUUGGAGAACUGUGAGAGGAAGGACGGCAGCUACACAUUCUGCGACCUGAUGCGAUACAACUUCUACCUCCCCUUCUUCUUCUUUGGACCUAUCAUGACUUUCGACAGGUUUCAUGCCCAGGUGAACAACACCCAGCUGACCCGCAAAGAUAGGGAGCUGUGGAACAUCACCACCAAGGCCCUGCUGCAUCUGGGGGUUAUUCUGUUGGUGGACGUCUUCUUCCACUACCUCUACAUCCUGACGAUCCCCAGCGACAUGAAGCUGGUCUCCAAGCUUACUGACUGGAGUCUGGCUGGUCUGGCUUAUUCCAACCUGGUGUAUGACUGGGUGAAAGCAGCCGUGAUGUUCGGUGUCAUCAACACUGUGGCUACACUGGACCACCUGGACCCUCCUCAGCCUCCCAAGUGUAUCACCAUGCUCUAUGUCUUCGCUGAGACCCACUUUGACAGAGGCAUCAAUGACUGGCUGUGCAAGUAUGUUUAUGACUACAUCGGCGGGGACCACGAUAAAAUCUUCAAGGAGCUCCUGGCAACCAUCUGCACCUUCGCCAUCACCACCUUGUGGCUGGGCCCAUGUGACCUGGUUUACAUCUGGUCCUUUUUCAACUGCUUCGGCCUCAACUUUGAGCUGUGGGUGGCCAAGUUUUUCUCCUUUCCGCCAUUUUCUACCAUAGAGGGUGCAAUGGGUGAAGCCAUGUCACGCAGGAUCCGGGGUGUGUUCAACGCUGCCAACUUCUGGACCAUUGUCCUCUACAACGUCCUCUCCCUGAACAGUUUGGAGUUUGCCAAACUGGUGGGAAGACGGCUGAUUUUCAAAGGUUUCCCUCUGUCCACCCUCUCUGUGUUACUUGUGACCUACUGUGGCGUGCAGCUGGUGAAGGAAAGGGAGAGACAACAAGCCCUGCUGGAGGAGCCGGUGAAGGCCGUGGACGGGGGCAAAGAGAAAGCAGAAUAAACGCACAGAAAAACGGACUGUCACAGACUUCACGGUCAACAGCCCCUCCCUCUGAUUGUUCCAUCAUCGGCCUUGCGAACUGUACCAACCCAGACUGUAACAGCCAGUCAGCACCUGUAUUGUUCACAAGCCAAUGUUUUUUUUUUUUAGCCUUUGUUUGUGAGAAGGGAGGCAACAUUUUGAACUGUGAAAUAUCCUCAAGUGCACUUGCUGUAGAUAAUCGCCACGACCUUUGGCACAAAUCCACCAACGGUGCAUUUUGUAUUUUAUCUGAACAAAAGAUUGUUUUACAAAUGCUAGGCCUGCUAAAUAUUUUACAAUGCUACACCUAAUGCUAUAUAUAAGACAUACAGUAUUGUAAAGGAAUGACUACUUUACUCUGUAGUGUUGUGUCCUCUGUUCACUUUUGAUUUUUCUAAACAUCAUUAAUAUGAUUCUUUAUUUAGUUAUUUUUCUUAAUUUUGCCUUAGACGCCAAAUCAUCACAAUGUUAACAAUUUUAAAAGGUUUAAAAUCUUGAAAUCAGGGUGUGUGGAGUGCAAUGAAGAAAAUAAACCAAGGUGCUGUGGAGGUCCUCCACAUAGCUUGCAGCGGAUUGUAAAGCAUAUUUGCUCUACUGUCAGUAAGCAAAAUACAAGUCACAAUGUAAAGAAUAGUUAAAAUGGAUGGAGAAUUUAUUAGCUCUAUUGUAAACUUGAAAGACUGUAUGUAGUUCAACCGUCCAGAGAGCGACAGCUUUACUCCUACUUACUACUGUAGGUGUGACGUUUCACCAUGUCUGUCCUCGACCCUCUUUCACAUGAUCCAGGCCCCUCAGGGCGCUGUGAAAGGCAAUAGGCCCCAGCAGGGAUUAUGGGUCACUCUCUUAUCCCGCCUGUCACCAAAACCUGCUGUCUGUCUUCAGCGCAGCAGGCAGGGAGAAAAAAAGACCAUGGAGAUUGUAAUGCCUUUUUCUAACUUGUAGGGUUUUUAUUCAAAGGUGUUCGUUUCAAAUGUUCUACUUGAAAUAAAGUUUUGUUUCAUCCAAAAUUGUCACAAGUAGAAGUUUGUUUUGUAUGGAGUGGAGACUAAAGUGGAUGUAUUGUUGUUUGCUUGGAUAUAUGAGCUCAGUGUGCAUU